UGCGAGCGGUGCGCGCGCAGCCGGCCGGCAGUGGCGGCGGCGAUGGAGGAAGGCGGCAGGGACAAGGCUCCGGUGCAGCCCCAGCAGUCCCCCGCCACGGCCCCUGGCGGAGCGGACGAGAAGCCGGGUGGCAAGGAGCGGCGCGAUGCCGGGGACAAGGACAAGGAGCAGGAGCUGUCCGAGGAGGACAAGCAGCUUCAGGAGGAACUGGAGAUGCUCGUGGAACGACUGGGGGAGAAGGACACGUCCCUGUACCGACCGGCCUUGGAGGAGCUGCGGCGGCAGAUUCGCUCUUCUACGACUUCCAUGACUUCAGUGCCCAAGCCCCUCAAAUUUCUGCGUCCACACUACGGCAAGCUGAAGGAAAUCUAUGAGAAUAUGGCCCCUGGAGAAAAUAAGCGUUUUGCUGCUGACAUCAUCUCUGUGUUGGCUAUGACCAUGAGCGGGGAGCGCGAGUGCCUCAAGUACCGGCUAGUUGGCUCCCAGGAGGAACUGGCAUCGUGGGGUCAUGAAUAUGUAAGGCACUUGGCCGGAGAAGUGGCGAAGGAGUGGCAAGAGCUGGACGACGCAGAGAAGACACAGCGGGAGUCGCUGCUGACCCUGGUGAAGGAGAUUGUCCCCUACAACAUGGCCCACAACGCAGAGCACGAGGCUUGUGACCUGCUGAUGGAAAUCGAGCAGGUGGAUAUGCUGGAGAAGGACAUCGAUGAGAAUGCUUAUGCAAAGGUCUGCCUCUAUCUCACCAGCUGUGUGAAUUACGUGCCUGAGCCUGAAAACUCUGCCCUACUGCGUUGUGCCUUGGGUGUGUUCCGGAAGUUUAGCCGCUUCCCUGAAGCUCUGAGAUUGGCAUUGAUGCUCAAUGACAUGGAGCUGGUAGAAGACAUCUUCACCUCCUGCAAGGAUGUGGUAGUACAGAAGCAGAUGGCGUUCAUGCUGGGCCGGCACGGGGUGUUUCUGGAGCUCAGUGAAGAUGUGGAGGAGUAUGAGGACCUGACAGAGAUCAUGUCCAACGUGCAGCUCAACAGCAACUUCCUGGCCUUGGCUCGGGAGCUGGACAUCAUGGAGCCCAAGGUGCCUGACGACAUCUACAAAACCCACCUAGAGAACAACAGGUUUGGGGGCAGUGGCUCUCAGGUGGACUCUGCCCGCAUGAACCUGGCCUCCUCUUUUGUGAACGGUUUCGUGAAUGCGGCCUUUGGCCAGGAUAAGCUGUUGACGGACGACGGCAACAAGUGGCUUUACAAGAACAAAGACCACGGAAUGCUGAGUGCAGCUGCGUCCCUCGGCAUGAUUCUGCUGUGGGAUGUGGAUGGCGGCCUGACCCAGAUUGACAAGUACCUGUACUCUUCUGAGGACUACAUCAAGUCAGGAGCGCUCCUGGCUUGUGGCAUCGUGAACUCUGGGGUCCGGAACGAGUGCGACCCUGCCUUGGCACUGCUUUCAGACUACGUUCUUCACAACAGCAACACUAUGAGGCUUGGGGCCAUCUUUGGACUAGGCUUGGCCUAUGCUGGCUCGAAUCGUGAAGACGUCCUGACACUGCUGUUGCCUGUGAUGGGAGACUCCAAGUCUAGCAUGGAGGUGGCAGGUGUGACUGCUCUUGCCUGCGGAAUGAUAGCAGUGGGGUCCUGCAAUGGAGAUGUCACUUCUACCAUCCUUCAGACCAUCAUGGAGAAGUCAGAGACUGAGCUCAAGGAUACCUAUGCCCGUUGGCUUCCUCUCGGACUGGGCCUCAACCACUUAGGGAAGGGCGAGGCUAUCGAGGCAAUCCUGGCUGCACUGGAGGUGGUGUCAGAGCCCUUCCGCAGUUUUGCCAACACUCUAGUGGAUGUCUGUGCCUAUGCAGGUUCUGGGAAUGUCCUGAAGGUACAGCAGCUGCUCCACAUCUGUAGUGAACACUUUGACUCCAAGGAAAAGGAAGAAGACAAAGACAAGAAGGAGAAGAAGGACAAGGACAAGAAGGAGGCUCCCGCUGACAUGGGAGCACAUCAGGGAGUGGCUGUGCUGGGAAUCGCUCUCAUUGCCAUGGGAGAGGAGAUUGGCGCAGAGAUGGCACUACGGACCUUUGGCCACUUGCUGAGGUAUGGAGAGCCGACUCUCCGACGGGCUGUGCCUUUAGCGUUGGCCCUGAUCUCUGUGUCAAACCCUCGGCUCAACAUCUUGGAUACUCUGAGCAAGUUCUCUCAUGACGCUGAUCCCGAAGUCUCCUAUAACUCCAUCUUCGCCAUGGGCAUGGUAGGCAGUGGUACCAACAAUGCCCGUCUGGCUGCAAUGCUGCGCCAGUUGGCCCAGUAUCAUGCCAAGGACCCUAACAACCUUUUCAUGGUGCGCUUGGCACAGGGCCUGACACACUUAGGGAAGGGCACACUCACCCUGUGUCCCUACCACAGUGACCGGCAGCUCAUGAGUCAGGUGGCUGUGGCUGGGCUGCUCACCGUGCUCGUGUCUUUCCUGGAUGUCCGCAACAUCAUCCUAGGCAAGUCACACUAUGUACUGUAUGGCCUGGUGGCCGCCAUGCAGCCCCGCAUGCUGGUAACUUUUGAUGAGGAGCUGCGGCCGUUGCCAGUGUCUGUUCGUGUGGGCCAGGCGGUGGAUGUGGUGGGCCAGGCCGGUAAGCCCAAGACCAUCACCGGCUUCCAGACACACACAACCCCAGUGUUGUUGGCCCAUGGGGAACGGGCAGAACUGGCCACUGAAGAGUUUCUUCCUGUCACCCCCAUUCUGGAAGGUUUUGUUAUACUUCGGAAGAAUCCCAACUAUGACCUCUAAGUGGCCACCAAGGGCUCUCAGCUGCAGCUGAUCUUUCAGGGGGCCAUAUUUCCAGCUGCCAGGGUGAACUGCUCUAGACCUCUGGGGAAAUAGUUGCCUCUUCUUUUGUUACUGAGUAAGAGAACGCCGAAUAAAGACCUUUGUCCGUGA